AUGUCAUUAAAUGAUUUCCUAGCCGAACUGGCAGUCAAGUACGAGAGUCUCGAGACUCUCUAUCUCGACAUUGGAACACCAGAACAACAAAAGGAAGAAGAGUCUCAGGCGCUAUUCGAAAAACUACUCGUUGUCCUCAAUGACCAUAUCCAACAUGUCGCCCAGACAAAGGACGCCUUCACACAGGAGACGGACCGGAUGUGGGACAAUAUGCAACGGAUGAACCGACUUAUGGGUCAGAGCGACGAGGCCCCAACAAAGCUGAUCGACACGCUCGCCAACAUGACCCUUUGGGACCGCCGCGUCACACUGCAAGAAGAAUACAGCUACAUUUAUGACCAAUACACCCAAAAGCUGGAUGUAAUCAAAAAGCUGCACAAGGAGCUCGAAACAUAUAUCCCCAUUCUCGGACCAGCAUUCGUCAACCCAGGACCAUUCCCAGAGGAAGGUGCAGAAGUGUCGUUUGAAGUCAUGCAGACAUUCUCUGACAAUAUUGCCGAGUGCGAAAAGGAGCAGAAAACGAGGAUAAAGAAGGUAGAGGCCGAUAUCACCAUAAUCAAGGGUAUAUGGGAUGAACUGGGAGCAACGGAGCGUGAUUCGUUUGAUCAGGAAGUCAUCGAAGGAAGUGGCGGCGAAUACUCUAUUAGCGAUGACAUCCUGAGGCGACUGGAGAGGAAGAAAGCGGAGCUGCAAGUUGAACGCUCAAGACGGGAGAUUGUUCUUCAGGAGCUUCAAGCUGACGUGACAAGAUUGUGGGAUAAACUGCGUGUAGAUGUGGACGAGCGCGAAGAGUUCCUGGCUGGGCAUAGAACCUUGUGCGUGGAAACGAUCCGAGCUUUCAAGGAAGAACUGACGAGUCUGGAAGAGCUCCGAGUUCAAAAGGUGCAGGACUUUAUUCUCAUGGAGCGGGAAGAAAUUAUCGAACUUUGGAUGCAACUUCGGUAUGGUCAUGAGCAGCAGGAGAGUUUUACUCCGUUCUAUGACGAUUCUUUCACCGAGGAAAACCUGACGGCACAUGAGAAUGAAGUGGCUCGCCUGAAGCAGGAGAUGGAAGAAGCAGCUCAUAUUCUUGAAAUUGUCGCGAGGUAUGAGGCGAGACUUCACGCCAUUGAGGAGCUUGAGAAAUCCACUCACAGUGCCGACCGGUUCAACACGAGAGGAGAUCCUGGUCGAUUGCUGAGGGAGGAGAAGGAGCGGAAGCAGAACGCGCGUGAACUUCCCAAGCUUGAGGCAGAGCUCACAGAAGCACUGAACAGAUGGCAGGAGGAAAAAGGGCACCAUUUCUUGGUUUAUGGCGAGGAGUAUAUCCAUACCAUGCAGGCUGCUGCUCAACUAGCACGUGAAGGGAAGGAGAACGAGAAGCGGGAAAGGGAGAAACAAGGCCCUGCAUGGAUCCAAGAACUCGAAAAAGAUUGGACUUCAGUCUCCCAAUCCUCGACGCAUAUCUCCCAACCUGGUGCCUCCAGGGGAAAGCUCGGGAAGGCGCUCGCCGACAUUAGGAUCCAGUUCACCCAUGCCUCAAACACCCACGUCCAAAAGGAUCGGAUUUCCAAGUCGACCAGGAACACCAUCCUCUCAACACACCAGGACUAUCCCAUCCUUUGCACCGACGACCCCGACAAGGGCGCGAUCACACACUCUCCACUCUAUCCCCCCUCCGCCAACAUCACACAAUACAUUCCUUCAGUCGCCUUACAGUCUUCAAGCGCUACAGCUUCAGAAACAAAGCGCCAAGUUUAA